AUGGACAGAGACAGGUUUGCCGAACUCCUUGAUGCUUCGCUGCAGGACUUCAGGCAGCAGCUGCUGGAUGCUCUCCCAGACAUCAUAGAUGGUCAGGACUCCCCUGUAACUUCACCAAACGGUGAGACUGGUGGAGAGACUUCCAGACAGUUGGCGGAGGAGGAGGAGGAUCCUGAUGAGAUCGCUGCAGCCGCUGCGUGGAAGAAGGUGGAGGGGCUGAUGCCGUCCAAGGAGAGAGGGAUCUCUUGCCAGACUGAGCAAACCAACUUCACUACUACAAGCUCAAUGGGCAAGGUGAAUUCACUGACGCCUUCAGAGGAAGGAGAACCGGCACAAAUCUUCCACGGCCGCUCUUCCCAGUAUCUACGCUCUGGAUUGAUUGGGGUGAACAGUGAGGAGGCACUGGCUAUACGUCAUCGUCUGCGGGUUCGGUUGGGGGCCUUGUCCUCGAAGACUUUAGUGUCAGGAAAAUCUCUGCUGGAGGCAGUCACGUCUCUAGGCUUGACCCGCUACACCGAGCAAGACAUGAAUGACAUGAUCAACUUGCUGGCUGAUUUCAUUAACCUUUCCUUUGAUAGUGAAACUUUGGCAGAGGACGCAGAAGCUAGGCAUGCUGAAAGCUUGGAUUUAUUCUUCUUCCAUCACAGAGAUUCUCGAUCCUAUGGGCAGCCCGUUUGGGAUUGGCCCGAGAAGACUGACUUGACGCUUGGUCCAUCCUCAAUGCGUAGGAGUGUGACCGGGCAUAUGCACAACUGGGCUGACACACAGCCGCGAAGCACUUUUAACGUUGUCCCAGCACAAGCCCUCAUGGAGAUGUUCCUCUCGCAAGAGUUGGAGGUUCACAAGCGCAUUUUUGGGCCAAGGCUCAUGAACCAGUUUAGAGCCAUGAAGGAGAUUCUCUUAGCUGGUGAUACCAACAAGCUAGUCGCAGAAUUGACUUUCGUACGGAUCAAUGACUUGGCGGCGCCGCCUGAGCCUGUCCAUCCAUUGAUGUACAUCGAGCCACUGGUGGCUAUCUUGAUUGUAGGGAAUGGCAUCAUGAUCGGGUUGCAAACAGAGCCUGGCUUUGAGGAAUGGGACGGCUGGGUCUACGUAGAGCUAGUCUUUGCCGCCUUCUUGCUCUUGGAGAUUGCUUUGCGGAUGCAUCUUCUGCGCUGUCGCAAUUAUUGGUGCGGUCCGGAGCGAUGGUGGAACUGGUUUGAUUUGUUCUUGGCAGCCACCGGGGUCUUUGACAUCACUAUCCAGUUGAUUCGCGAGAAAAAGUCAGACUUUGCGGGCACAUCGUUAUUGCGAUUCUGCCGCCUCAUUCGCCUGGUUCGCAUCGUCAAGGUGUUUCGCAUCAAGUUCAUGAAAGACCUGCGCCUCAUGGUGAAGGGGCUGAUCGCUGGGAUUCGCACCCUGACUUUGGCCUUUCUUCUGCUCUUUGCAGUCCUUUACGUGAUAUCUGGCUUCGCCACUAUGACAAUAGGCAGUGACAGCCGCACUGCAGAGCUGGAGCUAGAGGAGUAUUUUUACAACAUCCCUUCCGCCAUGUUCACAGCCUUCCGUUGCUUCAACGGAGAAUGCGUGAACCACGAGGGGCGACCUAUAAAUUAUCUGCUAGCCGACAAGUUUGGACUGCCAUUCAUCGUGUGCUAUGUCAUCAGCUACAUGCUUGUAACAAUGGGGAUCUUCAACGUCAUCCUGGCUGUAUAUGUAGACAUCACUAUGAAGGCAGCCAAAGAGAAUGAUGCUGUCACGGCAGAGCAGUAUGCCCGGGAAUCCAUCCGGGUGGCGCGAACAACCCGCGAGCUCCUGAAGAAGUUCGCCGGAGCAUACCAGAUCUUUUCUGACGUAGAGGAGGGCAAGAACAAGCUAGAAAAAUUGCCGUCUCACAUGCUCUUUAACGAGGAUGGGGUGCACGAUAAGAUUGCCAUCACCAAGGAGCUCUUCCUUCUGGUCAUUCAGGACCGCGGUGUGCAAAAGCUUAUGGACGACUUGGAGUUACCGCCAGACAGGGCCAACUUGUUUGAAAUCAUUGAUGCAGACGGUAGUGGCACCCUACAAAUCACUGAGCUCUUGCAGGGCUUGCUGAAAAUUCGUGGCGAAAUCAACAAGAGUGACACUGUGGCCUCUCUCUUGGCGACCAAAGCUUUGCAGGGCAUGUUGACGGAGUUGAAGGAUGAGAACCUACAGCAGUUCAUGAAUCUGCGAAACGACUUCGAGCAGCAAUUCGCAGAAUUUUCUCAAUACAUGGAGAAGGUUGUGUCCAAAGUCAAGUCCCGAAGCAGGUCUACGGCACCGCCGAAAGAUUUAAACACCUUGGAAGCACCUCAUCGCCCAGAUGACCUGCUCCCAGAGACAGAGUUGGAUGGAACUCAAGCCAAGAUGGGUGACCUCCGUGAGAGCGCUGGGCAGCGUGAACUCUUCCAGGAGUGGUCAAGCACGCGCCUGCAGCAGAUCAAGGAUGUGGUGACCUGGGAACUGGAAAGGCUUUCGCAGGACCUGCAUGAGCAACCUGCCUUGUGCAGCAAGGGAGGGCAAGUCUUCGGUUCCCAGUACCGUGUUUCCAACUUGCUCGGGCAUGCUGGGACAUUGAGUCUGGAGGAUGUUCCUUCUGAGACGAACUCCGAAGCGGCCUCACCCGUGGGCCGAGAGGAGGACGAUGCAGUGGCGCGCAAGCGGAUGCAAGGCUCCAUCCGCUCGUCCAAAUGCUCGCAAAAAACCGAGGCUCUGGAAUCUGUCAGCGCAUCCGAGAGUAAACGCUCCCUGGACAUCGACGUCAAGGUCGUGGCAGAUGCGGAAGAACUAGCGGAUCCGAGGGGUGAGUCAAACCCAUCAUUCGCUGGCAAAUCCAAAACCAAAUCGCUCGCAGGCGGCAGGAUGGCAGCGCUUCAUCCUCGAACGCGACUUGGUCGCCUGGUCCAGAGCCAGUUCUUUGACAUCUUCUACAGCCUGUGCAUCGUUGUCAACUGCUUUACGAUGGGACUUCAGGCUGACAUGUUGGUCAAUGACGAAUACUACUCUGAAGGUGUGGUUUGGAUUGUCAGGGUGAUCGAGCAUCUUCUUGUCGCACUCUUCACGUUCGAGAUUUUCGCGGUGGUCCGAGUGUACGGGCGCUGGUAUUUCUCGCUGACUAGACUAGAAGGCUGGCUGAAUCUGGGAGACGCGAUCAUCGUCGUUUUUUCCGGUGUAAUCUUUGGCUGGAUUCUUCCCCUGAUGUUCCUCAUCAUAGGAGAAGAUCAAUUCACUGCAGGAUUUAUGCGGAUGCUCUCCGUUUUCCGGGCAUUGCGAUUGCUGAGAAUAGUUCGUGUCAUUCAACAGAUGCCAAUGUUCAGAGAAGUGUGGCUGUUGUUGAGAGGGUUGACGAGCUCUUUCCGCACUUUGAUAGUGACGGUGGCUUUCAUCUUUGUGCUAACAUACAUUUUCGCCAUUCUUGGCUGCUGGCUGAUCAGCAAUGAGAUGAAGUCCUUAAGAGAUGGCAUGACCGAACAGGAGGCCGAAGACCUUGAGCCCACAUACGAGAUGGUGAAAGGGAUCGGUCCGUUGAUGCAGCUGCUCAUCCAGUUCCUGACGCUUGACUCCUGGAACUCGAAAAUGGAGCAAAUCAUGCAGUUCACACCCUGGUGUCUGGCUUACUUCUACAUGUAUAUCGCUGUGGCAGUUUUCGUGCUAAUGAACCUCGUGACGGCCAUCAUUGUUGAAAACGCUAUGUCCGCCUCCAGAAUGGACGAGAACCAGCGUUUGAAACAGAUGGAGGAAUUGAAGCGGAAAGAGCUAAAAGAGCUUGAGCAGCUCUUCUACUUGAUGGAUGCAGAUGGGGAUGGCACGUUAGAUUGGGAGGAGUUCGAAAAUGCCUUCCAUGAUGAAGAGAUGAGCCGGAAAUGGCGGCUGUUGGACUUCCAGCCCGAAGAGUGCAAGGAACUUUUCGAUCUCCUGGAUGAUGGUGAUGGGGGCAUCGAGACGAAAGAAUUCUUUAAUGGGCUCGCGCGCAUGAAAGGAGGCGCUCAGUCGAGAGAUCUGAUGCGUGUGGCGCAGCGAGUU